AUCAGCUUUCCAAGCAAAGCUGUUGCAAUAAUCCAUUGUUAUUUUAAGUCAAUGGGAAGAUAAUGAUUAAAAGAAGCAAAGCUGGAGAAAAAGCGCACGUUGCAUAACCGAGUCAAAGGCCAUCAUAUGAGGAGGAGAAAGAGAGAAAGAAUUUAGCUCCCGCUGUAAACAAUACGAGGGCCUCAAUAGAAGUUUACAGUAAGACGAGGAGGAAAGAAGGGCAAAAACAAUGGUGCAGACUGACAGAUGUAAGAGACCUUUGGACUUAGAAAAGCCAGAAGGAAAUGGGAGCCUAGAUGUGGAUUGCAGGCCCUCAAUUUUGCUGAAUUUUGCCCUUGCAUUACAACAUGUGUUGGUGUUGUCUUCUCUCUGCGCUCUGGUUGUCUGUACAUUAAUUCAGGAAGUAGAAAGGGACACAAUAGUGGCCUAUGUGCUCUUUCACUCUGGUAUAUCUACACUGCUGCAGAGCUGGAUUGGAUCACGUUUGCCAUUGAUUCAGGCUCCAUCUUUGGACUUUCUGAUCCCGGCCAUGGCCUUACUUUCUGAUCAGUCAGGGUCUGCUGUGUCCUGUAGAGGGCAGUGUGUGGAACCGCAGGAGCCCGUGGCCCCGGCAAACCCAAUCAGAGAGUUGAGAGGCAUGGUAGUGGUUGCAGGGGUGGUUCAGUUGGCUGCGGGUUCGACUGGACUCGGGGGCUUUGCUCUGGGACGCUGUGGUCCAUUAGUUCUGGCUCCACUGCUGUGUAUUCUGGGUUUCUCCAUCUACAAGGAGGCAGCGCUGCUGUGCUCUGAUCACUGGGGCCUGGCGAUACUGGCAGUUGUUCUACUAGUAAUCCUGUCUCAGCAUCUUCACUCUUUUCUGCAUCUUUCUGUGUUGUCCGUCUGCAGGAGACUCUCUGUACUUCUGUCUGUGAUGGUGACUUGGGUGGUUUGUGCAGCACUUUCACACUGGGGUCACGUCCAUCUCAACUCAGUGACCGAGAUGAUCUCAAUAAACACAAACGCCACCUUCAAUCAGUACCAAAACAGUCCACAAUCAAUCCACAAGCUCAUCAUUCACAAUGGCUCUCUGCCCUGGCUGGACUUUCCCCUUCCUGCUUCAUCACUCCCCCUGCUGUCUGGAAGAAGUGUUGCAGCAGGACUGGCUGGAGGUCUGUCUGCCAGCAUGAGUUCUCCAGCUGUGUAUGUGUUGUGUGCUCGGCUGCUGAAGGCUCCAGUUCCCCCCGCUCAUGCCUGUAACAGGGGCCUGUGUGUGGACGGACUGGGCAGUGUGUUCGCUGGGCUGAUGGGGGCGCCGGUAGGACUGUGCAGCAGUGCGUCUAAUGCAUGUGUUAUUGGGCUCAGCCAGUCUGGGUCCAGAAGCACAGUGCAGCUCGCCGGCGUCUCGCUGUUAAUUUUGGGAUUGUCUCCUCAGUUAGCUCAGAUGCUCUGUUCAGUCCCUUUGGCCAUCCAUGGUGCUGUGCUUAGUGUAACCUACGCACUUGCUGUAGCAACAGGCAUAACGUACUUCCAACAUGCUGAUGUGGACUCAGGACGCAACAUCUUUAACAUCGGCUUUACAAUGUUCAUGUCAUUAGCACUGCCGCACUGGUUCAGACUUCACUCUGGAUUUAUACAAACAGGUGUUGGCAGUGUUGACGUUUUUCUUCAGUCUCUUUUAACCUUACCUGUUUUUCUUGUGGGAGUCUUGGCUUUUCUUCUAGAGCACACGGUUUCAGGGACUUUGCCUGAAAGGGGUCUUGUGCGACAAGAAGGCACAAAGAAGAUUCAGUCUUUCGCUGAUCAGCAACAGGGAUACAGUCACAGUCCAGACCCGGUGUAUGAUCCACCUGCACCUGUGAUGAAAGUUCUGAACCUGACCGGCUUCAGAACCGUCCUCUUCUGUGCCUGCAGGACUCACACCGUUGAAGAAGUGCUGGUGACAGAACCUGAGAUGUCUAGCUUAUUACCUGAUAAAGAUACUGGUGCCUGCAAUGGCUGAUUUUUUGCAGCUCGGUCCAUAUUUUAUUUGAAUUUUCAAAAUGUAUUUAUCUUGUCUGUUUCCUGGUUGUGUUAUAUAAAUCGAAGUAUGUCAAAAAUA